AGGAAGAAAUCCAUAAUCAUUCGCUAACGCACGCGCAAGAAUAUGAAAGGUCUGUCUUUGAAUCGCAUUUAAUGGUGCAUGAAGAACAAAAGCAAACAGAUUUCCCGGCAGGAGACGUAAUGAUGACAUCGGAAUAA